AUGGCUUUGGUCGCGGGACAGAGAUCUACACUGAAUCCGAAUGCUCCGGUCUUCAUUCCUUCCGUGUACCGUCAAGUGGAGGAUUUUUCACCGGAGUGGUGGGAGCUGGUGAAAACUUCGACGUGGUUUCGUGACUACUGGCUGAGCCAACAUCCAGAGGGGAGCUUUGACGGUAGUGCUAGUGGUAACGAUGACGUUGAGGAAUUGUUGCCGGAGAAGUUCGACAUCGGUUUUGAUGAUGAGUUUGGUAAUCUUGUAGCUCAGUUUGAGGAGCUGGUCAUUUUGAAUGAAGAGAAAGAGGAGAAGAAGAAGCCUCUCAAUGGCGUUAAAAUGGAUGUGAACGGGGUACUCAAGGAACUGAGCAUACCAAAAUCACCCAAAGAAAGGAGUGUGAAAUCUCCGGUGAAGCCAGGCAAGUACCAAAUGAAGACAGCCCACUGCGGGAGCCCAAAGGGUGUGGCUCGACGCAAUCACCAAAUUCACCAACCACGUUGAAAGAUAUGAUGCAUGGUUAAUAAGGGAGCAUUGGGACUGCUUUUGUGUUCAGUGUAGCAACAUCUCUAACAUUUACAUUAGUAGAGGAGGUAUCAAUUAGGCUUUGGUUUCAGCUUAAUUGCCACUUUUUGUGCAUAUACAGCAACCCAAUAACUUGGUUCUUAACUCUUUUGUAUCCGUUUGUUGUUGGUGGGUUAUUGACAUGUUUGCAGUUCGGUCGUUUCUGUUCUGUACUAGCUUUUUUUAGUCUGUUUUGUACUAGUUUGUAAAUUGCAAUAAGAAUGAUCGAAUUUGCCUUA